AUGUCUAUUCAAGCUGAAACUGUCCUUAAAGCCCUUGAUAAAGAAGGCGUUAUCCAAAAUACCGAUGCCACCUUCCCAGGUGUCACUUUCCAGGCAAUUCAAGCCGUGCUUAACUCUUUGAGCGCGUUUGAAAUGGUCAAAUAUAAGCCUAUUGAAAAGGAUCAAUGGGUCUUAACCAAAGAAGGUGAAGAAAUUGUGGAACAAGGUUCUCACGAAUACAGAUUGUUAACCGAAGUUAUAAGUAGCUUAGAAGGGAUGAAAAUUUCUGACGUUUCAAAAAAAUUGGGUAAAGCUGGUGCUUUGGGUCAAGGUAAAGCCUUCAAGAACGGGUGGAUCAAGAAGGAUGGUGACACCUUGAAGCCAAGUGACAAAGUCUCUAAAGAUAACUUACCAAGUGAUACCACUGCUUUACAAUUGAAGGCCAUUGCUGAAGGUGGAGACUUGCCAGACAAGAAAGUGUUGACCGAUUUGAAGAAGAGAAAGUUGGCCUCUGUUUCAAAGGCUAUCUCUUUCAGCAUUGAAAAAGGUCCACAAUUUGCUCUUAAGAUUGUCAAGAUGGAAACUGAUAUCACCAACGAAAUGGUUUCUAGUGGCAGCUGGUCCAAUUUGAAAUUCAAAGACUAUAACUUCAACUCCGAAGGUAUUUACCCAAAUUCAGGUGCUUUACACCCAUUGAACAAAGUUCGUGAAGAAUUUAGACAAAUUUUUUUCUCUUUGGGUUUCACCGAAAUGCCUUCUAACCAAUAUGUGGAUACCGGUUUCUGGAAUUUCGACACUUUAUAUGUUCCACAACAACAUCCAGCUAGAGAUUUACAAGAUACUUUCUACUUGAAGGACCCAGUCAAGGGCUCCCCACCAGCUGAUGAAAAAUUGUGGGAAAAUGUCAAGGCUGCCCAUGAAGGUAAUGCCUUUGACUCUGUUGGUUACAGAUACCCUUGGAAAGGUGAAGAAUCUUUGAGAAUGGUUUUGCGUACCCACACUACUGCCAUUUCCUCUCAAAUGUUAUACCACUUAGCCAAAGACCCAAAACCUUCUAGAUUAUUCUCUAUUGACAGAGUUUUCCGUAACGAAGCUGUCGACGCUACUCACUUGGCUGAAUUCCACCAAGUUGAAGGUGUUAUUGCCGAUUACAAUAUUAGAUUGGGUGAUUUGAUUGGUUUCAUGCAAGAUUUCUUUGACCAAAUGGGUGUCCAUCAAUUGAGAUUCAAGCCAGCCUACAACCCAUACACUGAACCAUCCUUGGAAAUCUUUUCCUGGCACUCAGGUUUGAAGAAAUGGGUUGAAAUCGGUAACUCUGGUAUGUUCAGACCUGAAAUGUUGGAAGGUUUGGGCUUGCCAAAGGACAUGAGAGUUUUGGGUUGGGGUUUGUCCUUAGAAAGACCAACUAUGAUCAAAUACGGUGUUAACAAUAUUAGAGAAUUGUUAGGUCAUAAAGUCAACCUUAACUUUAUUGAAACUAACGCCGCUGCUCGUCUUGAUGAAGAGUUGUAUUAA